CUAAGUUGUUUGCAAAUCAGUUUCUGCGUCGCUCGACAAAAAGUCGAGCAAAACAACCAGACUUUCCUCAAAUACGCACAAAGACAUCAGUCGGCAAUGCCUGGAGGGAGGGUGCCAAACUGCCCUGCCUCUGCAUCCAAGCGCCUCAGCUCGACCCCUGUAAAAACUAGCCAGGGGAAAGACCUCCAAACAUCAAAAGCCUUGGAUGACGGUGUGCUAUCCGACGAUGAAGAUACAUUCUCUCUGCUUUCUCCCAUCUAUCAUGACAGUUUUGAUAGUGAUGAAGAGCUGGAGCCCAGCCCAGCACAGCAGACUUCACCUAGACAGAGCAAUGGCUCCAGACUCGCCGUUUCACCAGUCAGAUGUGAGCUCCCAAGAACACCUUCAGUACAGAUGAUGAACGCAGCUGGAGAGCCUGCAGGCUCACCUGCUCUCGGUGCAUGGGAAAUGUGGCUGGUAAAUAAAGCUAAAGAAGACCGUUUCAAAUUGGAAAAACAAGCAGAGGAGGAGCGGUUACGGAAGGAAAAAAAGGAACAGCAAGAAAAGGAGCGGGAACAGAAAAAGAUGGUCAUGGAAGAGAAGAUCCAAGAAUGGUUGAAGAUGAAAAGACAACAGGAGAAGCAUGAGCAACUUCUCAAACUGAGCAAAGAGGAGGAGGAGAUACAGAGGCAACGGGAGAAACGGAGGGAGAUCGAACAGAAAGCUCAACAAAAGUACAAAGACUGGCUGCAGAAAAAGAACCAAGAAAAAAUAGAAAUGGAAAAGAAGGCAAAAGAGGAAGCUGCCCUGAAGGAGAAGCAGGAGAAAGAGCGCCACAUGAGGGCAGAGGAGAAAUUUAAGGACUGGCUGGUAAAAGCCAAUGAAAAAACCAGAGCAAGUCCCAAAUUACCUUCCUACCCAACAAGUCCAUAUGACAAAUCCUACCCAUCACCCAGCUUCUACAAUCCCAUCCCCUGGAAGCCAAUUCACGUCCCUCCUCCAGAGACAUCACUGAAUAAGGCAUCUGUCAAGAAACCUCAGAAACAAAGAAAAUGGCAACAAAGCCCCAGCACCGCUUUUAGACUGAGAAACUCUUUGAGUGCAGCACAGUUUCUGCAAAAGAGAUGACACAGUAGACUGACGUCUAUGACUGAUAGGGCAGCUUAGUUGAGGCUCAAAUAUGAUUUCAUCCCCACUCAUCCACUUAACUACAGUCCCUGAACUGAGUGCUGAAUCAUAGAAGUAUUUCUGCUCUUUAAUAUCAAUGAGGGGAUUAAGCUAACAUAUCUAUAAUUUGGUUUGUUAUAUUGUUCUACACUCGAGUGAUUUUACACAUGCUGAAAUUAGAAGUAGUUCGUCUGAAUUUUGGGGAAUGCUCUGGAUUUUUAUAUGAUUUCACAUAGAUGUUUAUUAUUUUAUACCAUAAUAAUGGUUUGCAUAAAUGUCAUGGCUAGACAUCUCAAAGCCUGGAAUUUAUUUUGUUUUAUCCUGUAAAUUUAAUCAAUCUGCUGUUUGAAUGGGUUCCUUUUUUUCUCUCUUUUUCUGUGCCAUCACUUAACGGCCAACAACACCACAUGUCAUUGGAUUUAACAAGGCAUCAACCACACACACAACCACACACAACCACACAGCAGAAAGAAGGUGGCUUGUGGUCACAGCCAAAGAUAGACCCAGCUUGGUCAAGUGCCCCUCACACUCACACAUUGUUCUGUGUCCAGCUGUGCCUUGUUCUUCAGUGGGCUGAGAUGACGACAGAACAAGCGAGGGGGUGGACAGAGAGAGGGAGACUGAUUCAGAUUCAGAGCAGUAUGCUCAUUCUGUGGUAACAUCUCACUGUGUAUCAAUGUGUGCAGCCUGAGGUAAUAAUAUUUUAAUUACAAUAUAUGUCACAUUAUCCUGUAUUCAACUACAUCCUGUCAAUGUGUGUUGUGUUUUGGUUCUUGCCUUUUCUGCGCUUAACCCCUCUCUGUUGUUGAGUGCUGUGGAAUGUGUUAGUUGACAGUAGUCAGCGAGGGGGCUGAUGGUGUGAGGCGUUUUUUAAAUGUACAAAAAACACUGGGGUCCAAAGGACAGCUGUUAAGACAAAUGUCGAGUGUUUACAUUAUGUCAGUUGGAGGAGCGGUUUUAAACUGUUUGCUCAGGGAUAUUUGCACACUGAGUCUUGUAAGCAAAGCCUGUCUUCUUAAAGAUAAACGGUUCUGUUCAAUGUCA